UCGCCUUCAUUGAGAUUUUCAUCUUUUAUCAGUCUCUCCACUUCAACCUCGCAGCUCGAGUGUGGGCGAUUCGAGUGAAGAUUCAUCCUUACAAUUCCCUCCUCAAGAUUUUGGUGAAAGUUUGGUUCUUUUUUGUUGGUUCGCAAUGACGCUACUUGAAGCUAUCUCCAACGCCGUAACGAUUCAGGACAGAGUCGACUCGCAAUCAGAUUAUCCAAUCCCUCUUAGCCACGAUGGUAUCUUCGCGAAUCUGAAACCGAAGCUAGAGAACCCCAAUCCUGGUACCCUUGUCAAUCCAAUAUCCGGGUGGGGAAUCUCCGGAAGCGAUGUUGAAGUCAUUGAUUUGGGUAAGAAGUUUUCAUCUAAGCUGAAAAGGAAGCUGAAGAAUACGAAUGGGUUUGUCAAAGAUGAGUUUGUGAGAAUGUUGAAGCAAUUUCUUGAGAAUAUCGGUGAGAAAGUUGGGAUUUCUGAGGAUGAGUUAAAGAAUUUGAAAAAAAAUACUGAACUUUUGAUGGGUACAAAUGCGGCUGGGUUAGUUUUGGGAGAUCAAGCUGGUCCUGAGAUACAUAAACUGGUGGAGAAGAAUGGGGUUUUGAUGGGUAGAGAUGUAUCUUGUUUAGUUUUGAAAGGUUGCAUUCAUCUAGAGAUGUGGGAGCUAGUGGAAAUUUUGAUUUCAAACUCCUUGGUUGAUCAUUCCUCAUACUCUUAUUUAGUUAGCAAUCUUGUUGAGAAGCAACGGUCAGAUUUGCUUUGUGUUGUUAUCAAACAAGCUUCAGAUCUUGGGGCAACUGAGCUACUUUCGAUCUUGAAGUAUUUUUUAUGCCCAUCAAAGGAAGCAAUUAGCAACAUGGUUAAUGUAAGAGAAGAAUGGGACAGUGAGGCUAUGUUGGCUAUUGAAAAGGUUAGCAACACAGAGCUAUCAAAGAAGUCUAAAGUUGCUGAAGAGGCUUCGAUCUUGCUGAUGGUUGCUCACGACGGGUUUUCAACCUCUGAGCUUUGUCUGCAUUACUUGUUAGCUUCGCGGAACAUUGAUGAAGUCAUGUUUGCAUCUGCAGUUAGUAAGUUGAAUGGCAAUGAGAUGAGUAGCUUUAUUCGAUACCUCUCUAAAUGGAUGAAGAAGUAUGAGAUGUUCCCUCAAGCUGGUCCAUGCCCUAAAGCCGCCUCCAAACUCGGUUUGAAACUAUGCAACUGGAUUCCUGAACUGGAAGACAUAACCAAAUGUUUGGGGCUUAUUAUUGACGAGAACUUCUCCACUAUGGUUCUGCACUCGAAUUUGCAUGAAGAGCUGAAGUCUAUUGCACGAGUAGCAGAUGGUUUAGCUUCAGAAUCAAAACUGUGCUGUUUUGUGGCUAAUGCCCUUGAGAGUUUGAAAGUUGCUUCCCGAAACUAGAGUUUCACAGUUGACGGAGUGCUCAGAUUAGAUGGCGUUUGAUGCAGCCCUGUUUUCACUUUUUUUUUUUCUUUCUAAUGUUCCCCAGUGUCUUUUGUAUUUUCUAGUUUCAGUUCAUCCUCUUACUAGAAGUAUGAUUUUGUUCGUUAUCCUUGAGAGUUUUGUCACCAACUUAUGCACAUUGCCAGUCUGAUAUAUGUUGCACCACAUAAUCGAUCUACUUAUCCUAAGAUC